CUUUAAAUUAAAAGUUAAUUUAUUUACUUGUUUUAUGAAUAAUAUAAAAAUCUUAUUCAAUCAAAAUCAUAUUUUCUUAUCGUUGUUUUUUCUACAAAGUUUCAUUAGAACAUACUCAAAUACACAACUGUUAACCCACUCUUCAGUAAAAAAUAAAACAUGAAUGAAGUUAAUGGGAUUAAUGAAACUCCAGAUUUAGAAUCUAAAAACGAUUCUAGGAGGGUUUCUCAGAGGAGAAAAACAAAGUCAACGAGGUACUCUGGAGAAGAAUAUAACUGUGAUAGCUUCGAAUCUACAAAUAACUUAGCCAAUUCUACACACAUCGAGGUUGAAGACGAAAUCAAAACCUGGGAUUUCUUCUACACUUACGACAGGGCCUCAGACUAUCCAUUCUCUGGAUUCAGCACUGCAGAAACAGUCAGAAUAAUAAUUCAGGCUCUAACCAAAUUAAUGCCGAAGAGGAAGUCUUGCCUAAUCUCAGAUACCGAUUCUGUUCUCGAGGUUGGUCACGGUAAAUUUCCACUCAUUUGGGACUUGAGGGAUCAAUUUGGAGACUUUUUAUACUUCGGAAUCGAGUUCAGUGGUAUUGCUUUUGAACAGGCUGUUACGCAUAAGUUCAAUAACUCAUGUUCUCCCUCUGAGGCUUUCGGCAAAAACGUCGAAUUUCUCUCCAUGAACUCACUACACUAUUUCGAUUCCGACGGAAAAAGUACUCUUAACCUGAUUUUCCCAACUAAUGGUGAGCAUACAAGACUUAAAGCAGGAGUUGUUAACAUCUGUUUGGGGAAAAGCUUCUUGGAUUAUCUUAGCUGCAGGUUAACACUAAGUGUCAGUGUCUCGAACUGGAAUUUAGAGCCUAGGAUUCCUCAAGGAGUUGUUGACAUGUUCGACUCAGUAGCUCAGGCUCUUAGGGAUUAUAAAUUGGGUGACACAUAUCCUUCUCUAUUCGUCCUCGUUGAGCCAUAUGACAUUGUGAAGUUCAAGGACCACAUUGGAAUAGUCACAAAAGUAAUAUACACAUCAACGUUUGUGAAACAAAGCGAAUCACGGUACUUGAGGUUAGUAUAUGCACAAAGGGACAAGAAAACAAAAGCGGUUUGUUAUGCACUGGCGAAGGUUGAUUACACUUACCAAAAUUAUGACGAACUUCGUGAGGACAUGUACAAAAUCACCAGUAACAUUUACUCAAAGAGUCAAUCAACUGACGAGGACUGGCUCCUUCCUCACACUGUUCCUCCGAAAUGGAAAAGCAAUGACACUAAGGAUUUUGAUAACCUAACGCUACUUUAAUAAUUUAUGUUUCACCUACACAUUCCCCACCGUUACAAGGGUGUGUAUAAUCUUUUGGUUCACA